GGGCGGGCGCACGCCCCCAACGCCGAGGCUGGGCAGGGACCCGGCUUCCCUAGACGCUGGGGCUCGGCACACCGGCCGUCGUGGCCCUCGGACGCUUUUUCCCUGCGCGGGAGGAAGCCCGGGGCGAUGGGACGCGGCGCCCCAGCCAGCCGCGCUCCGGGAUCCCGCGGCUCCCCCCCGCCCUGGCUCCGGCCCCUUUGGCUGUGCCCGAUCCCGACCGGGGAGCCGCCGUUCGGCCUUGCGUGGGCACUAUGAACGAAGAGGAGCAGUUUGUAAACAUUGACUUGAAUGAUGACAACAUUUGCAGUGUUUGUAAACUGGGAACAGACAAAGAAACACUCUCCUUCUGCCACAUUUGUUUUGAACUAAAUAUUGAGGGAGUACCAAAAUCUAAUCUCUUGCACACCAGAUCAUUAAGGGGCCAUAAAGACUGCUUUGAAAAAUACCAUUUAAUUGCAAACCAGGAUUGUCCUCGAUCUAAGCUUUCAAAAAGUACUUAUGAAGAAGUUAAAACCAUUUUGAGUAAGAAGAUAAACUGGAUUGUACAGUAUGCACAAAAUAAGGAUCUGGACUCAGAUUCUGAAUCUUCUAAAAACCCCCAGCAUCACCUAUUCAAUUUCAAGCACAAGCCAGAUAAAAAAUUACUCCCACAAUUUGACUCCCAGGUACCAAAGUAUUCUGCAAAAUGGAUAGAUGGAAGUACAGGUGGCAUCUCAAACUGUACACAAAGAAUUUUGGAGCAGAGGGAAAAUACAGACUUUGGACUUGCUAUGUUACAAGAUUCAGGUGCCACUUUUUGCCAUAACAGUGUAAUAUGGCCUCAUAGUCACAAGCAGGCACAGAAAAAAGAAGAGACAAUCUCUAGUCCACAGACUGAUGUCCAGACCCAGCAUCCACAUUAUAGCAGAGAGGAAUUGAAUUCAAUGACUCUUGGUGAAGUCGAGCAACUGAAUACAAAGCUCCUACAGCAAAUCCAGGAAGUUUUUGAAGAGUUAACACACCAAGUACAAGAAAAAGAUUCUUUGGCCUCAGAGCUCCAUGUCCGCCAUGUUGCUAUUGAACAGCUUCUCAAGAACUAUUCCAAGCUACCAUGUCUGCAAGUGGGGCGAACAGGAUUGAAGUCACACCUACCCAUGAACAACUGAACCAAACUUAUACUUCAUAUGCCCUUCCCUUUAUCAGUCUGCCAGGCAUGCAAACUUUGAAGAAGUUUGAAGAAGGUUAUGGUCCAUUUUUUUAUGGUCAUUAUAUUUGCAAAGCAUAUCAGGCAAUAUUUAACAUCUUUGUCAAAUAAAGCAGAUCAUUGUACUCUAGUCUUCUAGGGUUAAUCAUUUUGUCUCAUUUUGGGAAUCCUUUUCCCCAUAAUUACUAGACGCCCCUCCCUAAGUUUUACCACAUGUGACUACUUAAAUAUAAUGUUAAAGUGUGAUUUUAUUAAACAUAUUUUAAUGUAAUUCACCUAUCAAAACAACAGAAGAUUAACAGACUCCUUAGAUUAUUCUAAACUACUAAAGAUAAUUUUUAAGAGGGAAAUGGAAUUCAUAAUAUCACCUCUUAUGAGCAAUAUUUUAAUAUAAAAAUUUUAUAUAUAUAUAUAUAAAAUGCUAUUUUAGGUACUUUGCCAUUCUCUUUCUAAAUGUGUAUUUGAAUGGCUCUGUAUAUUUACACUUUCAUGUGUGAAUAUAUUCACCCAUAUUUCAGGUCACUUCAUUUUAUUCUCUUAAUACAGUGUUUUUACAACUAUUGUUUUGCUUUCCAAAGAUAAAUGUAUUUUGGAGUAGAAAUCUAUUUAGUUGAAUUGUUUUAAUUUCUAAUAACUAACUCUUAGGAAAGAGGAAUUAAUAACUUUUUAAAGCAAGUAUCCAAGUAAAUAAAAUACAUUAUUUUUUUCUAACAAAAGCAGUUCUGAGUUAGUUAAGGAAGAAAAGGCUAAUCUAGUUUUUGUAUGUCAGCAUGUCUCCAUAGAAAUGAAAACCUCAUCUACUUCAUUAUUAGUUUCAUUUUAAUGACUUCGAUGUGUUAGAAUUUGGACAGAAUAAGUCAUGCCUCACUUUCAAGUCAUAUAUAAUAUCAAUCUUCAGAUUGAAUGUGCUGUGAAAUUAUUCUAUCUUUGAAAAAAAUUAAAAUUAUUCUGUAUGCCACUGGGGUAAAGAUUCAAGAAUACUUAAACUGUCCAAAUUGUUAUCACCAUCAUUGAUACUGUGCUAAAAAACACAUUGUGAGAUAUUUUUCUAAACUUUAGAAUCUAAAAAAAAAAAAGACUGCUUGACAGAAGAAAAGCAAAAUUCCUAAUUAAAAAAAAGGACCCUUGUUUAAAAGUAUAUUCUUAUAAGUUGCCUAGGAUGUUUUCAAAGAAUUUUUAACAGGUUGUCUCAAAAGCUAGAUCAGUUUUAAUAAUGUAUUAUAGUAAAAGCUACAACCAAUGCAGAAUUAAAAUGGACUCUAAAUUCUGUUUUCAACUGGUAUUUAGAAUGUAUUUAUCAGGUAGAUUCUUUGCUUGAAAGAAUCUGCAGAAAAGUCCAGUAACUUGGUAGCUUCAUGCAUAAAGAUAUGAAUGACUUUUUCUUUAAAUUUGGCAGCCUACCUUGGCUUGGAUUAGCCUUGAACAAUAUUUGACAAAGCAAAGAAACACUUAAGUCUAGUUGAAAGCAAUGUUUUGUAGUGCUAAAAUGUGUUAAAUUGGCCAUAGGGUAUUAAUUGAUAUCCCAUUGAUAUAUUUUUUUGAAGUAUAACAUACUUGCUUUUUGAAGGGCACUUUUGAAAAAUGCUUUCAGUUUCUCUCAGUUAUCAAAAAUGAAUUUAAAAUCCAGGUAGUGGGGAUACAUUGCCUUAGUUUUGAUAAGCUUUAAAUUGACUGUGUGCAAUAUCAAGAUAUCCAGAUUUACAAGUUGGAUAAAUAGAUUUCCUGAUUAUGCCAGUAAGAAUCUUAGUGCUUAGUUAUUAUGGUCACAUUUCAAACUUGACUUUAUUCUUUUUUUGGCAUAAUUCAGUAAGAAUGUUACCAGCCAGUGUGCUUGCACACAUUUGGAUUUCUGUUUAGAUGACUUAGUGAUAGUCAUAAAAGUUUGGGACGUGUUGCAUUUGAUGUCAGUAGUAGUAGCAUAUUUCCAGAGUACGAGCCAUAUGGUGCAAUCACAAAUACGACAGUGUUAUCCAAAGAAAGUAUUUGCUUAACUCUUAAGGAGUUUUCUGGCAAAUAUGUAGCUUUACUAAUGAGUUUGGGACAAUUAGAUGGAUUGUGCAUAUACUUAAGGUCUUAACUGGGGACUCUGAUUUAUUCCAUUCAGAUAUUUCUGCUUAAGCUCUUCAAAGGAAAGGUGCUCUUUAAAAAUAUCUAAGGUGCUGGUAUUCACACUAGUACUUUAUUUGGAUGAAUCUCUAUUAAUUUUUUUUUCUUAAAGUAUUUUGCACAGUAGUUUAAUCCUAAUAUUUGGUAAACUUACAAAUUCUUGUGCUAUUAAUAGUUGUCUUGAUUGAAUGUGCAGUUAUCGUAUAUGCAAAAAUAAGAAUCAGGGACAGAGUUGAGUUCUAACUUGAAAGAACAUGAAAUACCACAAAUACUGGUUUUCAUACUUGGCUGUUCUGUACAGUUGUUAAUUUUUGAGGGAGUUUAGAAGAAAAUUUCAUACACUGAGUUGCAAAAAUGAAAAAAAAAAAAA